CUCCUCCUUCAGCAGCAGCAGCGCGAGGACGCAACUAGAGCACACACACUCUCGCGCACUUCAGUGAUUACGACACGCUGUGGAAGUGAACCUGCGCGCCCUUUCAUCUGAUCCUACGCAGUUUAAUCUUUGUGAACGUGACGGACAGCUGUCAGAUCUGAGGAUGGAUGAGCUACAGGAUGUGCAGUUGACUGAGAUCAAACCCCUCCUGACAGACAAGAAUGGACAGAACUUCCAGGACUUUGAUUGUCAGGAGCACGACAUUGAGACCCCCCAAGGCGUCCUUCACGUGACUUUGAGAGGGUCCCCUAAAGGCAACCGACCCGUCAUUCUCACCUAUCAUGACAUCGGACUCAACCAUAAGUCCUGUUUCAACACCCUCUUUAACUUUGAGGACAUGCAGGAGAUCACCCAGCACUUUGCUGUGGUCCAUGUGGAUGCUCCAGGCCAGCAAGAAUCUGCCCCUCCUUUUCCCACUGGAUAUCAGUACCCAACUAUGGAUGAGCUGGCCGAGAUGCUGCCCUCAGUUUUGACCCAGCUGAAGAUCAACAGUAUGAUUGGAAUCGGUGUUGGUGCAGGAGCCUAUAUCCUCACUAGACUGGCUCUGAAUGAACCUGCAUUGGUGGAGGGAUUGGUGCUUAUCAAUGUGGACCCCUGUGCUAAGGGCUGGAUUGACUGGGCUGCCUCAAAGCUGUCUGGAUGGACCAGUAAUCUGGUUGACAUUGUGAUGGAGCAUCAUUUCAGCACGGACGAGUUGACGGAGAAUAACGAGAUCAUUCAAACGUAUCGUCUGCACAUCGCCCAAGACAUCAACCAGGACAACUUGGCUCUCUUCUGCCAUUCUUACAACAGCCGCCGAGAUCUGGAAAUCGAGAGGCCAGUUGUGGGACUGAAUGAAACCACAGUAAAAACUCUGAAGUGUCCUGCUUUGCUAAUAGUAGGAGACGCAUCACCAGCAGUAGAGGCUGUGGUUGAAUGCAACUCAAGGCUAAACCCAACCAAAACUACACUACUAAAGAUGGCAGACUGCGGUGGACUUCCUCAAGUUGUCCAACCGGGUAAACUCGCUGAGGCUUUCAAGUACUUUGUCCAGGGAAUGGGCUACAUGAUGCGUUCUUCAGUGUGUAAGUACCAGAGUCUUCUCAAGAGCAUGUUGUGUGGUUUGAGUCCUGUGUGAACAAUCUUCUCUAUGAUCUUUAGCUUUAAUCCUCUUCUGAAAGAUCUUGACUGAUCAACAGUUUGUAUAGCAUGUUUAUUAUUAGAAAUAUUAUUGAUAGCAAUCCUUAAGUGUGAGAUAAUCUUUAUAUGCUUAUGCUCAGACUAGAUGUCUGUUUAUUAAUAUAAACUUUGAAUGAAGUACUGAGAAAAUACUUCAAUGUAAUUUUCAAAACAUAUUUAGAAAUGUAUCCAAUACAAAAAUACAUACAGUGAGGAAAAUAAGUAUUUGAACACCCUGCUCUUUUGCAAGUUCUCCCAUGAAGGGGUCUGAAAUUGUCAUCGUAGGUGCAUGUCCACCACUGUGAGAGACAUAAUCUAAAAAAAAUCCAGAAAUCACAAUUUAUGAUUUUUUAACUCAUUAUUUGUAUGAUACAGCUGCAAAUAAGUAUCUGGAUCAUCCAAAUGGUCAUUGGCAAACUUAAGACGGGCCUGGACAUGUGCUGGUUUAAGCAGGGGAACCUUCCGUGCCAUGCAUGAUUUCAAACCAUGACGUCUUCGGGUAUUACCAACAGUAACCUUAAAAACGGUCAGCUCUUGACAAAUCAUUGACCAGCUCCUCCCGUGUAGUUCUGGGCUAAUUUCUCACCUUUCUUAGGAUCAUUGAGACCCCACGAGGUGAGCUCUUGCAUGGAGCCCCAGUCCGAGGGAGAUUGACAGUCAUGUUUAGCUUCUUCCAUUUUCGAAUGAUUGCUCCAACACAAAGCUGCUUGGCAAUUUCCCCGCCUUGUGGAGGUGUACAUUUUUGUCUCUAGUGUCUUUGGACAGCUCUUUGGUCUUGGCCAUGUUAGUAAUUGGAUUCUUACUGAUUGUAUGGGGUGGACAGGUGUCUUUAUGCGGCUAACAACCUCAAACAGGUGCAUCUAAUUUAGGAUAAUAAAUGGAGUGGAGGUAGACAUUUUAAAGGCAGAAUAACAGGUCUUUGAGGAUAAGAAUUCUAGCUGAUAGACAGGUGUAUCAUACAAAUGAAUAGUUAAAAAAUCAUAUAUUGUGAUUUCUGGAUUUUUUUUUAGAUUAUGUCUCACAGUAGACAUGCACCUACGAUGAUAGUUUCAGACCCCUCCAUGAUUUCUAAGUGGGAGAACUAGCAAAAUAGCAGGGUGUUCGAAUACUUAUUUUCCUCACUGUAUAUGUAAUACAAUAAAUUAAAACUAUUUAAUUUCUAUGUAGGUUGCAAGGUUUUAAUUUAUUGUAUUACCCAUCAGUAAUGUUAUAUUUUUUGUAUAGUAUGGUUAUGUUUGGCUGCUCAUGAGAAUCAGUUUCUUGCAAGGGGCUAAUAAAGUGCCUUUAAUUCAUUUAAAGAUGCAGUGUGUACAUUUUAACGGCAUCUAGCAGUUAGAUUGCAAUAUUACAACCAACAGCUCAAGCCCUGGACUAUGCUUUUGCCUUCAGUUCACCGCUCACCAUGUUAGGUCUUUAUACACCACUGAAAACAUAGUUACACCCGAACAGUACAAUUUACUGAUUUAAAAUGAGUGAACGAACUCAAACCUGUGAAAAAGUUUAUUAAACUUAAAACUUGUUGAAAACACAUAAAACUUUUAAGUUCCACAAACUCAAAUAAAAUGAGUCAAAGAACUCAAAAAUUGUAUUUAUUACUUCAGAGUCAUUUCAAUACCACAGCCUCAUUGUAACAAACACUGCAAAUAAUGACAAACUUUUGGUGGUUGUGAUGAGUUCAAUUUGCCAGGUAAGCUAAGAAAGAGUCUGACACUGCAAAUUACUUCAGUUUAAAGUUAAAUCAACAUGAUUGGUUGAGGAGGUUCCAGUUCCCAGCAUGCUUUGCAUGAGCCUGCAAUACGAGAGCAUUUUUUUGGAAUUAAGUAAUAUUUUAUGUGGUUUUCAAUAAAGAAAAGGUUUUAAAAAAUAGUUUUGUGCUAACCAUUGUUCAGAAGUGUAGUGCCAGUGCUUAGACUGUAGGUCGGAUAUGUGUUGCUUUAUCAUAUAAACUAUGACUGUGUGAAAGUCAGCACUGAGCUCAUUCUUGUCACACUUUCACUGGUUUUAAAUAUUCAUGUCACAUAAUCUGUUUGUGUGACUUGUGAACAGAAAUUAAAUUGUAAAAAGAAGUUUUAAGUACAGUAUACAAAAAAUAUGUAGUAAACAAGUCUCUAUAAUAAACAGUAGUUUUAUGAAUAGUAUUAAAUAAAAUUAAGCGUAAACUUUUAAGUUUGGUUUAACUUAAUUUUUUUAAGUUUUCUUUACUGAAAAUUUUUGAUUGAAAAAAGUUGAUUUACUUAAAAAUGUUGAUGUAAUCAGUUUUCAAGUACUCUGAACUUUUUUACAGUGUAUGUAUGUUGCAUUGCAUUUCUGUCAAUAGAUCCUCCUAAAAUUUACGCAUUGCACCUUGAAUUGGUUUCCCAAAAAAUUGUCUUUUCUAUAGAACAGCCUUCAUUUUAGGGAAUAACCAGGUGAUGCAAUGAAAUGCCUUGAGUCUCCGUAGGCAGCCCUCUAUAGGGCAAAUAUGUGGAAAAAUAGUCUUUAAAAGCACUAUAGAAUGGACAUACAUGUGUUUUUUAAUAAUACAAUAGAUGCAAAAAAUAUUUUUGUUUAAAUUAUUGAAGAAGUUGUUUGCAUAGCUUAACAGGCUGAGCUACAUAAUGA